UGUGUGUGUGAUGUCGUAGACGUCACAGCCUGCCGUUGGUCCAGUUCAGUUCAGAUCAGUUCAGAUCAUAUGGACCGUUGGUUCUCUCCGGAGGCUAACUGAACUAAAUCUGGACCAGAACCAAGUUAAACCCGGGACACCCCUGCUCGCGAUCUGAACCGGGACACUUUAUAUUUUUACUUAACCCGAAAUAAGCAGCGUAAACAGCCGGGGCGGAGGGAGGGAGAGCCGCCGUUAACGUAACGUCCGUGACGUCGGUCCGCCCGGGCUGCUGCUCCGCUGGCUUUACCACGCUGUUCGUCAGGAGGGUCCUCAUCGGUGUUUACUGAGCGAUCGCUCGGUCCGGUCGGAGCCUAAUCGCGGGAUCGAUAAGUGUGUGAUGAUGGAGAGGAAGAGGACGGACUGUCCCGCUCUGCCGCCCGGCUGGAAGAAGGAAGAAGUGAUCAGGAAGUCCGGACUGAGCGCUGGAAAGAGCGACGUCUACUACUACAGUCCUUCAGGGAAGAAGUUCAGGAGUAAACCUCAGUUGUCCCGUUACCUCGGAAACACAGUGGAUUUGGGAUGUUUCGACUUCCGGACGGGGAAGAUGAUGCCUGGAAAACUGCAAAAGAACAAACAGAGACUCCGACAUGACCCGCUCAGCUUGUCCAAGGGAGGUAAACCGGACCUGAACACAGCUCUGCCAAUCAGACAGACAGCAUCCAUUUUUAAACAGCCCGUUACCAAGGUUACCAGUCACCCCGGCAACAAGGUGAAGAUUGACCUGCAGAGAGGGACCGAGCAGCCCAGACAGGAUCUUAACACAGCAGCAGACUCCAGCUGGGGCAAGGGGCAGAUCAGAGUGAAACUACCUGAAACUACAGCCAACCGUCUGCCGUCUGUCUGUCUGCAGCUGUUCUGGGAGAGGAGGUUGAAAGGUCUGCGGUCAUCAGAUGUCACAGGGGAAGUCCUGCGGACCAUGAACCUGCCCAAAGGACUGCAGAGUGUCGGUCCAGACUCCAGCGAUGACAGUCUGCUCUCAGCCAUCGCCAGCGCUCUGCACAUGAGCUCUGCACCGAUAACGGGACAGACGUCUGUGGCCGCUGAGAAGAACCCGGCCAUCUGGCUGAACACGUCCCAGCCACUCUGCAAGGCCUUCACCGUCACUGACGAACACAUCCGGGAGCAGGAGCUGAAAGUGUACCAGGCCAGGAGGAGUCUGGAGGAGGCGCUGAUGGCCGACGGUUUGGCGCGGGCCGCCGAAAACACUCGAGAGCUGCUUGAGGGGAAGACGGCCUGAAGACACACAGAGUCCCUCUGUUCACCAGCCUCAGGUUUAUCAUCAUCUUCAUCUUAAUCCAGACAACAAACCAAAAAGUGGACCACCCACAGACCGAAGACUCAUCAGGCGAUUGCUUCGACGUUCCUGUUAAGGCAACAUCACGCUGGACAUCUAUCAGCAUCUGGAAAUUUUCCAGAGUAACAGCAGCGACCACAGCAAUAAUGACAUCAGCAAUGACAAAAACACCAGCAACAACUACAAUAUGACAACAAAGAACUGCAGCAGCAAUGGUUGCAGCAACAGAAAACUGCAACAUAGGAACAUAUGGGGAGCAACAGCUGCAAUAAGUUGAGUGUCUAUCAGCUUAAAGCAACAACCGAAGCCUUUAAUCCUUUUUGUGAUUUAUCAUCUGUACAAACUUUACAACAAGCGCUUAUCUUCUUUCACUUUUCAAAUUGUGAUUCUUUUUAAUAUAAAAGUAAUUAAAAAAAAAAAUACUGAAGAGCAACGCCCUCAUCGAACCCAAAGUCAGGUUGCAAACUGCUGGACGGCUUUUGCUUACUCUACUCACUCUUAAUAAGCUCUUUAAUGAUUUUGAUUGUUUGUGUUGUCAGAUUGUCGUCUGUUUUAGAGACGUCUUCAGGGGUUUUUAAAUAAAUAAUGAGAAUUUACAUGAAUAUGAAAUAGAACAAUUGCUUAUUUAAGACAAAUUUUAUACCUUAAGAGAACAUAAGUGUACAUUUCUUGGACUGGAGUAAAUAAAUAAUUAUAUUCA